AGGACAGGAAUCGACAUGCAUCGACUUUGCUACAUUCGACUUAAUCAACAUCUAACUAGAACCAAAAAUAUAUUUCAAAUUUUCUUGUCAAAAUUGCACAUUUUUAGUUCGAAAAUUCUAAAUUAUAUAUACAAAUUUUUUGAUAAAACGCUUUCAGCACUAUGGCCGAUUCUGCAUGAAGUGAUUAUAAAUUUUAUUGUUUUCUUCUAUCAGACAUUUUUGUUAUUCCGCCAAAUCCAUCCAAUCAAGAAGUUGGCCGCUCUGCUUGUACUGCACAACAUUUUCCUCUACUAUGUGAUAAAUAUGUUUAAGCAUUUGGCGCAGGCUUCGAUUGGAUCGGCGGGUCCGGUGAACACCUUCUACUAUGUGCCCUUUGUGUAUGAGACGCCAGCAGCAGCUGUCGAGUCUGGCGAGGAUUGGCAUGUGGUGCUGACAACACCCCAAUGGCAGUUCUUUGAGUCACUUUUCCGGCAUCAUUUGGCCCUGUUGCUGCCCUUCAAUCUGUCCCUGCUAGUGCCGCACUGCAAAAUGGCUUUAAUUAGCACUUUGGUGUUGGCAUCCAACCUGCUGAUGUUCAUUUGCUUCACCUCGGCCAUCUGCCAGUGGCUGUUGAUGUGCGGCCCCUACGGCCUGGUGCCAUUGAUGCCCAUUCUGUGCCUGGGUCCAGUAUGCCAAAUGCUUGUGUUGGGCUUUCUCCUGGCCCGCAUCUGGCGAAGUCCUUGGAUUGUUUAUGAUGAAAUUUGAUUGAGCAAAUGCUGAUUGUCAGGCAGGGCCUAUCUGGCAUCGAUGCAACCAACCACCUUUGAGGCCAGCACCCAUCAUAAUCAGCACCACAAAAGUUAGCAGCAGCAGCAGCAGCAAAUCAAACCAAUAAACCAACUGAAGCGAAGC